AUGACUUUUAAUGAUUUAUCAAAGAGAAGCAAGUUCACCGUGCAGAGAAUCGUGAUUAUAAAGGAAGAAGGCCGUAAACCGUGGGGAGAUCUGAGCGCUAGAGAAGUAUAUAACGAGGUUGUGGUUCAAGGAACCCGUCUCCCCCUAGACAAGAGAACUAUGCCGAGAAACCUGUUUCAGCUGAUUAAUGUGGGUCUUAACAAUAACAAGGAUUAUCUAGAUCUCCAGGAGAUACGUGAUAUGCUCCUCAUUACAAGGAAAGAGACAGAACUAGAACACGUCCCAGUAUCAGAGAAGAGAAAACCUUCCAUCCCUGCUCCAGGUGGUCAAAAGGACAGGAGCAGGAGAUCAGACCCAACCUCAGAGAAGGUUCGUGCUAGUAUUAGUUCUCAGGCUCUCCAGGUUCGGAUACAACCUUCUAAACUCUCCAGGUCUCUCAUACAGCUGGGCAAAUGUGGAUUAGAAAGGUAUCAGGAUUUCAGUUUUAUCUCAGAUCCUGCUAAACGAGAGUUCCUCAGAUCCAACCAACAAAAUGAUGAGGGAAGUAUAUCAAGUCUACGCGAAGGAGUGGAUCUAUCUAGUGGAGAGAGCUCACCCGAACUCAGAGGUAUUUGUGGAUCAAGUUCGUCCUGUGACAGUUCGGACUCGGAGAGAGGACGGAAGAGCUCCGACUCAGGGAUCCACAUCCUCCCCUCCUCCGGAUCUCAGGAGGACCCGGAGAUAAAGUUCAGACACUUCUACGGCUCCGAGGGGGAAAUACUUAGCAGUCCGGAGAAUUCUACGAAUAAAAGGGUUGGAGGGCGGGGAUCAAGGCUUUAUGAAUCUCUGAGAGCAAGGCGGGACGGAGAAAGAUCAAGACAGGACGGAGAGAACCGGAGAUCAAGACGGGACGAAGAGAACCUUAGGUCGGUUUACUCUGAACCUAGAUCUAGAGUUAGUAGACCUAGCUCUAUACCUAGAUCCAAUAUUAUCAGUGGUAGAUCUGACUAUGAGACUGGGAUCAAACCUGCUAGCCAUAGAGUUGGUAGCCAUAUACCUAGUAUACCUGGAAGCAGAGCCUUUACUCCGUCCUAUCCAGGUGGACGGAAACCUUGUCCAGGAGGACGGAAAUCCUCUCCUCCAGGUCUAACUAGACCUACUGGAGUUUAUCCUGAACCCAGUGCAAAUUCUGAAAACAAUAUUACUAAAGAGGACGAGGAUCUCAGCAACUCUGCUCUCUAUCAGACAGCCCUGGAGGAACAGAUAUCAGCUCCAACCAGGAAACCUAUCAACCCGGAGAAACUAAAAUGGGCUCAGGGACCUCCGAGAUACAGGACGGGUUCCUCCGACCAGGACAGAGGAGUAGGUUCAAGUGUAGAACUGAUCGGCGGCCAUGUUUGUGCAGCUGUGCUCCCAACUAUAAACUCUGUCGGAGAAAAAGAGAGGUUUGGAAGAGGGUUAAGGGAAGAGGGAGAGAAGAGAAACCAGGCAAACCCAGGUUUCUUGAAACCUUGUGAAAACAUCAAACACCAACGGAAGCCGGAGGGAAAGAAAGGAAUAUUUAUGAGUUUUUGGAAUAGAAAUCCCCGUGAGACUGUUGUAGCUGCCAAAGCUUGUGACGUGGCGGAUUCUCCGCCUCGGGCAGAUUGGAACCUAAACCAGGGCGGAGUAAAAAGUAUUGUUAGUAGCCUGGAGGGAUUAUAUCCUUCCGCCUCCUUGUACACGACAGCGCCUAACACAUCUCCGCCUGUGGAUAUACCUUGUUACCAGAGCAGAAAGCUAUCCGGGGCGGAGUUUCAUACUCCGCCGAAGAUUUAUCAAACCCCGGCGGAGAAGGUUUCAGAUUUACUCCGCCGACCUACGCCUACUCAUAAUCCGAAGAAAUAUGAUAUCCCUGUCAGAUACAGACGGAGCCAGGACGGGUUGAACAACAUUGCUCCGGGUAGAGGGAGAAACAGGUUAAGCUGUAACCUGGAUGAGUUACGAAGUGUGGGAGUAUUUCGUCAGGUCCAAUCUCUUCUGAACAAUGAUGUGAGUGUGAUCAACCCUGACCCAGAGUUAGGUCGGAGGAAAUCCUCCAACAUAUUCAACAAUAUGGCUGAAGACAUGGAACACCUCCCUCCCCCACCUCAAAUACACACAGCCAGAAUUCUGAAAAUGAAAACCCAGACACCGACUAUAAUGACCCUGAGGACCUCCACCCCCCAGGAAAAUAGGUCGAGGAUCUCCACCUCCCCGCAGAGUAGGCAGGAAAGUAGACAGUCCGCAUUCCAGGACGCGCUCAUGGAGGCCGGGGAUCUGAGUGAUACUCUGGACUCGUGCUGUACGGUUUCUGUACCUGGAGAAAACAGGAUCGAACCUCAACCCAAACCUUCACAAGCCAACCUUUCUACUUUAAGUAGGGAUAGUUUUGUAACAGUAGCUAAUGGAGAAGAUUCAGUGCAGAACACAGAGAGGUUUGAAAUGUACGAAACAGCUCCAAUUGUUCCACAAAUACAAUCUGUACUCAGAAGUCCGAAUCCAGGCCUGGGCACUGCUGGAGGCUCCGGGAGAGAAGAAAGACGACAAUCUAAUGCUGAAGAAAAUGGUUCAAUGGACAGCGUUCAUAUGAAACGAUACCGUUACUCUUUGAUGAACUCUUGCAGGUCCAGUGGAAACAAAUUAUAUAAAAUAAGUAUUAUCAUGUUUACAACAACACCUAGGUUAACUGAAGACCUUUAUUGUGAUGAUGAGCUGCAUCCAAGCCUAGAGAGGAAUCCAAACAUGCAAUUGUUCUGCUCACCUCCUCCUCCAAUACAAUCUAGUAUUGAGUUCUCAAAUCAACUACUCUUCCAAAGUAUGGAUGCAGAUUCUCUGCUGUCCAUGGAUAUGAUGGAAUCAGGACCUCAGAGCUUACGAAGUGAGUACACGGACACGGAGCUCAUCCCUGUUAACCCGGAGGAGACGGAUUACGAGGAGUUCGACCAGGAGGAGAAUGAGGGGAGCCAGGCAACUGAGAAGAUAAGUCUGAACGAUGGCUACGACAACACCAUGACUCUCUGGGUCACAUCUAAUGAGGACAGGGUUGAAGAGCUACCGGAGGAUCAAGAGCAUCAAGAAGAGGUUGAUCAGGAAGAUCAAGUUGAAGAUGUAGAUCAUGUUGAUGAUGAGUGGAAUCAGGAGAAUCAAUGUGAACAAUGGGAUCAGGAACAUGCGGAGGAUCAAGAAAUUGAGGAUCAGGAACAUGAGGAGGAUCAAGAAAUUGAGGUUCAGGAACAUGAGGAGGAUCAGGAAACCCCAAGAUGUCAAGAAGAUCCUGAAAAUGAGUUAAACGAGGAAACGGAUUUGAAUGUGGAAGAUCAAGAAGGUUGGGAGGAUCAAGAAACCCCAAGAAAUGAAGAUGAUCAUAAAGAAAAGAAGGAUGAGGAAGGUGAAGAUGAAGAGUGGAAUUAAAAUGACGGAUCUCCUUAUUCUAUUCUCCCAUGUAACAUUAAUGUUUGCCAAAUAUUUAACGAUUUUUCAUUUAAAGGGAUUGUACACUGUACAGUGAACACGUGAUUUCAAGAAUCAUUUAUCAUCGCUCGCGGAUAUUUCCCUAUUUUUCUUGCGGAAAAAGGAGUGUCAGUGUACAGUACACUCGCGAUUACAGGCAUUCAAUUUUCUGUUUGAAAAGUAAGGAGUUAUCUCGUCAACCUUGACGUUUACGUUUACAGUCCCUUAAAGGAAUAUCAUUUAAAAUCCACAUUAUACCGUAGAAACCAGUAAAUUUAGUUUAAAACUUAUGUGCAACUACUUUUGUAUUUCUAUAUUAGACUUUCAGCGUCGGCCAAACUUUUUAAAAUAAUCAGACAUCUUGAAUUUUUUUUUAUGGAAAAUUAUAAAUUACAAUCUGAAGAGAAAUCAAUUGGAUUGAAAACAAUUUAAAAAUAUUAUCUAAAUUAUGCGUGAACGUUUUUUUUUAUGAUUUUUGUUUUAUUUAUAUUGUUAGUCUUUUCAUAUAUGCGUAUUUGAUUCGUGCCGAUCCGGCGACUUUAAUAAACCUUUAUCAAAAAUUGA